AUGUCCGCCUCUGAAACGAAAAUUUCGAUAUACUUCGUAUGCAGAUGGAACCGGGCGAGAGUUCUCACUCUCGAGCGCCCACCUCAUCCACCGGAGCGCCGACGGCUCGACAAGGACAUUGUGAGGCACCGCGCAGCGACGAUGGGAGGCUGGCGGCCGAACGCGCAUGGCGUUCGGCUCCCCCAACUUCGAUUGCUGCUUCGAACACCUCGGCCCCCUCAACCCCCUGUGAGCUUCCUCCACGCUCUCCUGAUCUGUCUAGCAACAUUGUCGGCGUUCGCGUACGGCAACAAUGUCCCAAAAUUUUUCACGCAUCUGAAGACGAUGCAGAAGUCCGUCUGUGACGGCGAUCUGCUUCACAUCAAGUGCCCACGCAACACCUCGAUCACGUUCAACACAGUGUUCUACGGACGCAACGCUUCCUACGGCAGGAUGUGCCCCUCGAGUGGUCGAUCGACGACGGUGAACUCAGACGAAACCACAUGCAUCUGGAAAGGGGCACUCCCGCUGCUCGUGGAGGCGUGCAAGAACCAACAGGAAUGCAAGGUCAAUCCACAGAAAGAAUUCAGACAGCGCGACCCGUGUCCUCACAUCAAGAAAGCAACCGAUGUGUCGUACCAAUGCAGACCAAAUUUAUUUCUUCACAAAACUGUUUGCCAUGGCGAGAAGAUGCUUCUGAAAUGCCAGGGCAAACAGAGGAGAUUGUUGAUUUUCUCAGCAUUUUUUGGAGCCACCAAGCUUGGAGUGACGGAAUGCCAUCAGCAAGACGACAUUGCCAAGGAAUGCAGCGCACCAGGAGCCACAGACACGGUACUCACGGAGUGCCAGGGACGAAGGAGGUGCCAACUAAUCGCCAGCCAGGAGCGCUUUGGAAGGAUCUUCUGCGUCAAACAGGCAGCCAUUUUCUUACGAGUAGUCUACACUUGCGUAUCACGUGAAAUUCUCAAGGAGUACGAUAACGAAGAUGAAGAAUUCACAACCGACGACUACGUCUCAUCACCGCCCUCGUCCUCGACGGCAUCGGUCCCAACCUCACCGCUUGUUCCGAUGACGUCAUUGCCCAAAUCUGCGAGCGACUUCUCUGCAGCCAACGGAGCUUCACCUCCUCCUGUCGUUCCGCAAGCGCCUCCUGCUCCCACGCCGGGAGUUGAGGAGAGCCCCGACAAAACUCUUCCGAACGGGACGUCGAUCAUCUACAGUGUUCCGAUUCCUGGAUCGGCGGGGGACUCGGUGAAACUACGCGAAGUUAUCGAUGGUUCGGCCAACAACGGCCAGCUACGGUCUUCGAUGUCCACUUCGACUCGAGGAGCAGGAAGCAAUCCGCCAGCUUCCGCACCACAGAGUCCCGGACUAUCGGGUAUCAUUGAGCUUUUGGCCAAUAUAAAAAGCGUGCCUAAGCAUCAGCUAGUGGUUUUCGCGGCUGGAACCGGAGUUUGUGUGUGCCUCGUCUUCAGCAUGGUCUGUCUGAUAGGAUCACUGCAGAAAGGCAAACGGAAAAAACAGCAACGGAAGAAGUUGGUCGUGCUCACACCAAUCACUUGCGAGUUCGACGAUAUGGGCGAAGCAAGCGACACCCUAUCAAUGGGACACAUAGCACCUCCCACGCUAACGUCGACGCUGCACCGAGCGUCCCAGGGGAGUCUCCUCGGAGGAACGCUGCCCAGACACAGUCAGAGCGCAGCACUUCACAUGACCAGCCCGGGCUCGAACCCGGGCACGAUGCGUCGGAUCCCGACCGACACCCAUCCACGAGCCCCUCAAGGCAGCUUCUACUAUAGUUAG